AGCUAUUCCCCCGCUCAGCAAAUCUACGAAAUUUCAGUCUCACUUUUUCCAACACGAGCAAUUUCCCCAAGUGCCUCAGCAAAUCUUUUGGUAUCAUAACCACAGUCUAAGACAUGUCUUACAAUCUAGAGAAAGACGUUGUAGACAGCAAUGACUCUCGCAACUCCGUCUCAGACCUCGAAGAUUGCCCGUUAACCGGCGAUGAAAACCACCUUCCUCUCAAAGAGCAACGGAGAAAAUUCAACUUUCGAUGGCCUGCUGAUAGAAGUCCUUUCUGGAAGUUUUGGUCAAUAGCCAUGACCAUUAUCACACUCAUCCUCGUAGCCGUUGGCUCUCACAAGACUUCCGUUCACGAUGUGUCUCUCUGUUCCGCUUCCGAUAUGAAGACACCCACGGAAGAAACUUACAACUCGGGCGAUGCCGUUGUUGAAAGUUGGAAGAAAGAGAACUUGGUGGAAACUCACUACUAUCGAGACUUGAGAUACAUGACACUUAACCACGAUUCGGAUUGGCUUUGGAAAGAACACCUCGAUAUGUUAAGUGGGAAUAUCAUCUUGCCAGCUGCCGAGGAUGGAAGCACCAAUGCUACUUUGAAGAGCAUUAGCAUGUUUCAUCAAAUGCACUGCCUUGCCAAAAUGCGUAUGACGUUGCAACGAGCCCGAGAAGGGGAGGACAUCGGAGAAGACUGGAAAGACGAUGCGCAUUGGCCACACUGUUUCGAUUAUCUACGAUCUUCAAUAAUGUGCUACGCCGAUGGGACACUAGAAAGUGUGUCACGUCAGCCAGGACCAGUUGAUGAUGGAACAUUUGUGGAGGUCAUUGAUGGUGGCGAGGAGCUGAGAUACUGCCGUGACACAAAACCAAUCUAUGAGUUAGUGAGGCACUAUGGACCAAGUUCCAGGUAUGGGUAUGCAAGCAAAGAAACCGAUUUUGAGGUGGCACCUGGCAAGUAA